AUGGGAAUUCCAGAGAAGAUUGAGACGCGCCUGUUUAUUAAUGGAGAGGCCAGUCCAAUCAACAUUUCAUCCAAUGGCAAGACUUUUGAUAUCAAAAAUCCAGCUACAUUGAAGCAUGUUGCCCAUGUACAUGAGGCAUCGGAACAAGAUACAGACGAUGCAGUCGCAGCAGCAAAGGCAGCAUUCCCGGCAUGGUCAGCGCUAUCUCCUAGCAAGCGCGGCGAAUACUUCAAGAAGCUCGCGAGCCUAAUUCUCGAAAACAAUGAUGAACUCGCAGCACUUGAGGCAGCCUCCAUGGGCAAGCCUCUGGGUACAUUUUUCGAUGGCCAUAUUGCGGCGGAAAAAUGGAACUAUUAUUCAGAGGCUGCCUACAGUGUUCAGGGCACAACGAGCGUGCAAACACCUGGUUUCCUCAACAUGACGCUGCGUCAGCCGUAUGGUGUGGUCGCUGCGAUUAUCCCAUGGAAUCUCCCAUUGGUAUUUCUAUCCAACAAACUUGCACCGGCGCUGAUUGUUGGAAAUACGGUUGUGUUGAAGAGCUCUGAGAAAGCGCCGUUGACUUCUGCAAAGGUUGCGUCUUUGGUCCAGCAAGCUGGCUUCCCACCAGGUGUCAUCAACAUCAUCACCGGGUUCGGUAAUGUGUCUGGUUCGAUAUUAUCCAGCCACAUGGACGUGCGAGCACUCUCCUUUACAGGCUCUGGACGCACUGGGCGCCUCAUUCAAACAGCAGCAGCCAAGUCGAACCUCAAGCAGGUGUACCUUGAGCUCGGCGGAAAAUCGCCGGCCAUCAUCUUCGAUGAUGCAGAGCUCGAGACAGCUGUCAAGCAAACAGCAUACAGUAUCCAGUGGAACAGUGGCCAAGUUUGCAUGGCCAAUUCGCGCAUCUACGUGCAAGACACAAUUGCCGACAAGUAUAUUGCGCUGUUCAAGGACUACUUUGAGAAGGAGGUGGCAAUGGGCGAUCCUCUCGCUAAGGGUGUCAAUCACGGACCGCAGGCCGACGAGGCGCAGCACAAGACAGUCCUGCAGUAUUUGGAGUCAGGCAAGCAGUCUGGUGGAGAAUUGCUGACUGGCGGAGGGGUGCCGUCGGGCCAGGAAGGCUACUAUGUGCAGCCGACAAUAUUCAAGAACACGCCUGAAGAUGCCAAGAUCAUGAAGGAGGAGAUUUUUGGCCCCAUUGUCAACAUCAACGUCUUCUCGACAGAGGAGGAAGCUCUGGCAAAGGCAAACGACACAGAGUAUGGCCUCUACGCAGCCGUGUACACAAAGAACAUCGAUCGCGCGAUGCGUUUCGCCAAAGGGCUCGAAGCAGGGACAGUCGGCGUGAACUGCACAUCGCCCAGCACCGGUGUCGACAUGCCGUUUGGCGGUUACAAGAGCUCUGGGUCCGGCCGCGAAGGAGGGCCCUUUUACUCUCUCGACAACUUCCUCGAGACCAAGAGCCUAGAACGGCAGAUUGGUGGUGGUGUUGCAGCUGAGGUGAGAGGAAAGGUGGGUGGUGAGAUGGUUCCUGGCCCAUGCCGAUACUGUGCUCGCACCGGGGCUACGUGCACCAUUGCUACCCCUCGCCGCAAGAGGCCCUACUAUCAUGUUACUGAGGAGGAGUACCAGUGCUCGAUGCGCAUCCUCGAGCAUUUUUUCCCUGGCCAUGAAUUGAACUUGCAGUCUUUGCGGACCAUAGCCAAAGCCAUCAAGGACGGCACCUUUGCUGCUCCCCCUGUCCAGCAGACAGACGGCCUCUUCACCAACGACUUGGCCUCUCCCGAGGAUGCAGAGAGUGUCGACGAUGUGGGAGAGCAGGACGUGGGUGAAUUGCAUGAGCCACUCGGUACUAUGAUGAAAGACUCAAGAGGCAAAUUCCGUUAUGUUGGUGCCCAUAGCGAGAUUCCCUUCAAUGCUGCUGUUGCGAACCUGGGAGCCCAGCGAAAAAACCCUUCCAUCAUUCCCAUGCCCCGCGUGGGAUCAUAUCCACCCACACUCUCCGCUUCGUCUCCAGCCACAGACCCUGGCGUUGAAGAGAGCUUCUAUCUGCCCCCUCGAGAGUUGUGCGACAUCUACGUCUCGAGGUUCCUCGAAGACGUUCACUGCACCUACUGGCUCUACCCUGUGGAAAACUUGCUGAGAAGAAUCGACAACACAUACAAAACAUCGACCUCGUCUUCAUCAAGCUCCUGGAUGUGCUCGGUAUACACCAUCUUUGCAAUUGGUGCAGCCAAUUACAUUGGAGAACAUGGCAAAUCUCCGCCUCCGGAUUGGCCUGCUGCAAUGGAUCAAAAGACUUCAGAAGCCUACAUUACGCUCGCAAAACAGUUGAUACCCGUUGUCUACGAUGAGGCAGAUAUUGAUAGCAUUCGAGCGUUGGCUAUAAUGAGCCUUGCAAUGGAAAAUAUGUGCUCCAGAGUAAGCGCGUAUCUUUAUAUGGGCGCCAGUAUUCAAAUGGCCUUUUCCCUUGGCCUGCAUCGCGACCAACUUCCAGAAAACGGGUCGUCUACCGAACGAGAGCGAAAUCGCCGCAUAUGGUGGACACUGUUUCUAUUGGACCAGGAAAUUUCCAUGAGAGGCGGCAGCCCCACUGUUGUCGACGAGCGAUUCACCAAAAUAUUAUACCCCGGGCUACACACCCCGCUUGGGUGGCUAGAUACUUCUGUAUCGUUAUGUCGUCUUAAACGUGAGAUCAUUCAAAGCCUGUACACCGAGCGCUCAGCGAAUUCCAUUUCAUUUUCUACAAUUUCAAAUUCACUAUUACUUCUACAGAAAUGGUAUCGCCAAAUGCCAGCGCAUCUGAAACACGGAACUCCAGCACCACCAACACACAAACGCGCCGUUGCGAUUUUACAUCUACAUUACUGGAGCACUAUCAUCCUACUCACCCGACCGUUUCUCCUCUACCUUGUAAUCAAGUACAGCACGCUAGCGGAUAGCAAGAAGAUAUGGUUUGAGCGCAUGGGCAAAACUUGCAUCGACGCGGCCCAGAAGAGCAUCGCCAUUCUACAAGAGAUGGCCGCCAAUGGCACGCUAUCCAGUCUCACCGCGUUUGACAGUACAUGCAUUCUUCGACUCAUUAUGAUCUUCGUCUUGGCCUACGCUCAUACCAGGAAUCGUCAAUAUAGCGAUCACAUCGAGAAGCUGAUAGCGCUUUGCAGAGGCAUGGAGCAGGUUGGCUUUGCUAAGAUGGUUACAGAGGAGACGCCAGACCGUCUUGCCGAUCUAGGCAUUCCCGAGUCUUCACAGCAGGCGAGCGGGGAUGAGAAUGGGCCGGUGCAACUUGAUGAUGAAAUGAUUGCGCAAUUAUGGGGAAAUUGGGAUCCGAAUUUCAUGACACCACUGCAGACGCAACAGAGUCUCGACCUGACCUUUGAUGACGCUGGCGCAUUCGAUAUGAAUUCGGAGAUAUUAGCAUUUACGAAUCUGGACGAGUCGAUUGUUAUAAAUCCUUCUCAGGGGUAUGAGGGCUACGCUACACAUGGUCAUGGCCAUUAG